AUGGAAAAUUCUCACUCUCCACGCCAAUCCAAUGUCACCUCAUAUGGAGCCAAAACAGUGGCCAUCAUCACCGUGCAGACAUUUGCUGGCAUGUGGAUAAACGCUUUCAUUUUUUGUGUGAUCAGCAUUGCCUGGGUCAAAAAGAAAACCUUGAAUUCUAAUGAGAAGAUCUUGCUGCUUCUUGGAGGUUCCAGGUUUUGCUUUUUGUGUUUCUCAUGGAUAUAUUCCUUUCUUUCAACAAUUUAUCCCUAUUAUCUCUAUGUUCAUCCGAUAUUUCAAAUAGUUGUAAGCAUUCAAUGCUUUUUUAAUUGUUCCGACCUUUGYGUUUCUACMUGUCUUUGCGUUUUUUAUUGCAUAAAAAUUGCCAAUUUCAGAAACAGCUUCUUCAUCUGCCUAAAAGUCAAAAUUGACAGGAUUGUGCCAUGGCUCUUACUAGGGUCAGAGAUUUUCRCCUUGGUUACYGGAAUACUUGCUUAUGAUAUUGCUGAUAAAACCCUGCAUAACAAUUCCACCAGUCCCAGAAAUUUGUGGAAAGUGCGUAUCAAGACAGAUGAACAUUUUUUUUCUUUUUAUUUCAUCACUGGCCUGUUAUUUGUGACUUCAUUCACAGCUGUCAUCUCUUCUGCCCUUCUCCUUCUCUUUUCYCUCUGGAGGCACAAACGCAACAUGCAGACAAACUCCAUGAACAGCCUCAGCAUGGAUGCCCACAUCAAAGCCAUGAAAUCUAUUCUCUCCUUCUUAGUCAUGUACAGCAUCAACUUUAUAACAUUGAUUGUAAUAAUGAUUUAUUCAUCAAAGGAAGAGAAGGCCAUGAUGUUUCUUAUUUUUGUAUUUCUGUAUGCUUUUCCAGGUGUUCAUUCCCUCAUUCUCAUUUUCAGCAAUCCCAAGAUGGUAAAGAUACUGCUAAGGAUUCUGAUCUGUGUGAAGUGUAAGGUUUGCAUGAAGUAG